AUGAGUCUCGACAAACUCCCCAAUGAAAUCCUUUGUCUUCUCCCCUUCUACAUCGAUAACAUCGAGACGUUUACCAACGCAGCAUCAUCAUGUCGCCGACUCCGUGAUUGUUUAUACACAGCACUCCCCAACACCAUACUGCGGCUAGCCGCCGCCUCGGCCCCUACAUUCUUUUCUCCCCACCCGCAUUUCCUCGUCGCUGCCACAGCCCGCCAAGUCAGUGACUGGGCAUUAGGGGAUGAAACUCGCACAUUAGCCCUCCGCGAAGCCUUCCAAGGUGGAAUCGACAGCCUCUAUGAAUUCUGCCUCCAACAUGCAGGCCUAACAUUAGAAGACAUUCGAAGAACACAUCUAGCCCGGUUCUCCAUCAUUAACCCCCUCUCGGACAAGAUCGACAAGAUGGCCGGUAGACAGUGGUUCGCCACGCCAAACUUCUGGAAUGGCGGGGUGAGCGAACCCUACACCAUCUACACGGAGGCAGACCGCGCCACCUUCCAAAUGAUCAUAUACGGGGAGUUGUUUGGGCGGAGUAUGGACGCCUUCUUACAGCCGGAAAAGAAUCUCCCCUAUUUCGAUAUACGAACACGGAUCGACUACUUCACCUAUUGUCUCCCAGAUUGGGUUUGUUCUAGUUAUCCCGGGUUUGCAAGGUUGGCGACCGGUCCGUAUGCGCCGCACCUGGAAAGGCCGAGCGAAGGAGACCAAGUAGCCUUGCAUCAUAUCCUGCAUUGUGGUCGAUGGCGACGCAUGUGGGCUGCUGCCAUUCGGUCGGUUCUGGGAGGUGACGAUGCUUUUACUGAUGAGGAUGAGGAAGAUGAGCACUGGAGGAAGAGGAUGUUACGUAAUGCGUUGCAGAGUCAGGGGCUUGAGGGGAUGCAACUAGUGACGUUGCCUGUGGACAAGAUAGACAAUGAAUAUGUACAAAAGGUGAGGAAGAUGAAGCAGCAGAUCGAUCAGUUGAAUGAGCCUCCCCGGGUCGAAAUGCUGGGUAAGGGAGCGCUUACUCCCGUCUCAUUUGCUCCUGACCCUCCCCAUGAUGUUGAGAUUCCAUGUAGGAAUAUGUGGGGGCCAUGGACAUUCAAUCCAGAUGCAGCGUCGGAUACGGACUCGGAAGAAGAGUCGGAUCCAGAUUGGGAGUUGAACUUUGAAGUGAUUGAACAAUGA